AUGUUUGACCUGGGUAUUUAUUAUGGCAAAAUUUUAACGAAUUUAUUGAACACCUCUAUUUAUAUAUGGAUAAAUUGUUUACGGUCAUAUAUAAAAACUCGUUUAUUAUUAGGCUUAACAGCUACACAAAUUCAUAAUGAAUUAGCUGCUGUUUAUGGGCCAGAUGUAGUUUCAUAUAGUGCAGUUACUCGGUGGAUUCAACGAUUUUUAAAUAAGCGAGAGUCCUUGGAAGAUAAUCCUCGAAGUGGUCGUCCGUUAUCCGCCAUCACUCAACAAAACAUUGAUGGAGCUAAAGAUCUGGUAAAUGAUGAUUCACAUAUUAUUAUUGGUUAUGUUGCUACCGUCAUAGACACAGUUAUAACAUCACUUAUUAUGGUGGAUACUCGAAGAUAUCAGUAA